ACUGAACGCGCAGCCCAUGCAGAGUGGCCUAUCUAUGGAAGGGAACCCAGCCCUCUGGGCUUUAAAGAUUUAGGCCCCUCUCCCGCCUUUCUCUCCCCAAACCAUAUCGUGUUGGGCAGUUCGGGGGGCGGGGGGUGUGGGGUCAAGAAAUAGCAACAAGUCUCAGCGAUUUGGGGCUUGGAGAUGGCGAGAAAGAAUCGGUGACUUACAAAAACAAAACAAAAAACGCCAAUACAAUAAUGAGUUUUAGAAUCAUCUGUAAGAGACCUGGAAUCCAGAGGCACCCAAGGGAAUUAGCAACAAGAAAUAUAUAAGAGAUGCCAAAGGCCAGUAUCUGUUUGACCUUCUUUGCCACCACCUGAACCUACUUGAGAAAGAUUAUUUUGGGAUCCGCUUUGUGGACCCGGAUAAGCAGCGGCAUUGGUUGGAGUUUACAAAGUCUGUUGUGAAGCAACUGAGAUCUCAGCCUCCAUUCACCAUGUGCUUCCGUGUGAAGUUUUACCCUGCAGACCCUGCUGCCCUGAAAGAAGAAAUAACCAGGUAUUUAGUCUUCCUACAGAUCAAAAGGGAUCUCUACCAUGGCCGCCUCCUCUGUAAAACAUCGGAUGCUGCCUUGUUAGCAGCCUAUAUCCUUCAAGCGGAGAUUGGGGAUUAUGAUCCCGGGAAACACCCUGAAGGCUACAGCUCCAAGUUCCAGUUUUUCCCUAAACAUUCAGAGAAACUGGAAAGGAAAAUCGCUGAGAUUCACAAAACAGAGCUCAGUGGUCAAACACCAGCAACAUCAGAGCUAAACUUUUUAAGGAAAGCACAGACCUUGGAGACAUAUGGAGUGGACCCCCACCCUUGUAAGGACGUAUCAGGAAAUGCUGCAUUUCUGGCCUUCACUCCUUUCGGGUUUGUUGUUCUACAAGGAAAUAAGAGGGUCCACUUCAUUAAAUGGAAUGAAGUGACCAAGCUGAAAUUUGAAGGAAAGACUUUCUAUUUACACGAAAAGAAAAUCAUUCUCACAUAUUUUGCUCCAACUCCAGAAGCCUGCAAACAUCUCUGGAAAUGUGGAAUUGAGAAUCAAGCCUUCUACAAGCUGGAGAAGUCAAGCCAAGUCCGCACAGUGUCCAGCAGCAAUUUAUUCUUUAAAGGAAGCCGGUUCCGAUACAGUGGCCGAGUUGCAAAGGAAGUAAUGGAGUCCAGUGCCAAGAUCAAACGGGAACCCCCAGAAAUACACAGAGCAGGGAUGGUUCCAAGUCAGAGCUGCCCCUCCAUAACCCAUGGCCCAAGGCUGAGCAGCGUUCCCAGGACCCGCAGAAGAGCUGUUCACAUCUCCAUUAUGGAAGGUCUAGAGUCCCUCCGGGACAGUGCCCAUUCCACCCCAGUGCGCUCCUCUUCCCAUGGGGACACCUUCCUGCCUCACGUGAGAAGCAGCCGGGCAGACAGCAAUGAGCGAGUGGCUGUGAUUGCAGAUGAGGCCUACAGCCCUGCAGACAGUGUGCUGCCCACCCCUGUGGCCGAACACAGCCUGGAGCUGAUGCUGCUUUCCCGGCAGAUCAAUGGGGCCACCUGCAGCAUUGAAGAAGAGAAGGAGUCUGAGGCCAGCACCCCAACUGCUGCAGAGGUGGAGGCCCUUGGGGGAGAGCUGAGGGUCCUGUGUCACGGGCAUGGCAGGCCAGAGGAGGAACAGGCGAUGGUUUGCCUGCAAAAUCCGCUCAGUGGUGAGCCUGCUCAUUGACACCUGAGAAGGCAUGACUCCUCCCAAUAACUAGCCAGGUGGACCAAGGAGAGCCCGGCUACCCAUUCCCAGCAAAGGGACCCAUCGCGGAACCAUCGGCACAUAUACCAAGUCCUCCUCUCAUGACUCAAAGUCCACUGCAGCCUAGGAGGGUUGUUUCCCAGAAGAAGAAAGGGAUAGGCUCGUGCCCUGUCUAAACAAACUGGGAAAACUCAUUUUCUUCAGAGGUUCUUUCAAGAAAGGCUCACCGACUCUUUCUCAUCCUUCCAAUUUACAGGAUUGUUUUUGGUUCUGAAUUUUGAUUUUUCAUAGAUGUGUAUUAUUUUGAAAGUAUCAAAUAAAGAUAAUUUAUUUUACUAUUACUGAUUAUCGCAGUAGUGUCACCUAGUAGGCGGGACACUAGUUGAAGACUAGAAGUGGUUGUCUUCUGUGUUCUGCAGGAGCUUUCCUACUGGUGCUACUGGAUUCCAGUAGACUCGUCACUGCAGCCUCAGCGGGACAGGCCAGGGGUCUGAACAAUGGGGACUGUUUAAGUUUUCUUGACAGGCAGAACUUUUUAAAAAGUAAACAUCCAUGUAGAAUGAUUAAAUGAAAAGUUGCUUCUUAUGAUGGUCUGAGUUGGAUUUUCUUUUCCUUUUGUUUUUUCAAAUCUGAGCAGAGUGGGCAUCUGAAGGGACCACGGCUACAGCAGCAGCAGCAGCAGCAGGGGUGGGGUAAGUCUGUCCCCUUAGAUUAGAGCCUAGUGGGCAUCACCAUGAGUUUUGUAUAAUGAACUUAGCCUUCUGUGGGGUUUUUUUUUUCCCUGAAGAACCUCAAGAUUCUUAUAGUGCUUCAGUGGCGUUACGUGAAUUCAGUGGUGCCAGAGGUAGUACUGUCAGAAAUGUUGGACAACGUAGAGUUAACAGAAACCAGAGCUAAAUUACCGGAGAGACUGUUGAGAUUCAGACAGCAGUACUUAUUUUGUACACACCAAAAAAAAAAAAGACUAUUUCAAUUUAUAUUUUAACAACAAAAUGUUAUUUUCUUAUCAAUUCAUAUUUUGUUUUUACUUUAUGGAUUAAGAAAAUAGAACCUGAUGAACUAAACGAUGCAAGAAAGAAACCCAUCCUGAAAAUGAAAAGCUUCAAAAACACAAUUUCAACACAAGAUCAACAAACAGCCUUGGAAGGGACCAGGAAAAGAAUCUCUUUAGGAUUUUUAAGAGAUGUCUACAAGAGAAAGACGCUGAAGGUGGCAAAGAGAUCAACACUUAGAUGUAGAAAUACUGCCCCCUAGGGUCCACCUCUGCACCCCGAAAACACAUUCUAGCCUAGGGAAGCACCUGCCAUCCUGCAGAGGGAAGCCCUGGAAGCAGGCAGAAGCCUGUGCAUGUGAAGGGUGAGUAGGAGGUCUGAGCUCCAAGCUCGGCAACUCUUAAAACCACUCACAAGAUCUUGUUUUCAUCUCAGGGAGAGAUUUCUAAAUCAUCUGGGGCAUGAGGACUUAUAUUUAAGGACUAUCAGUAGACAUAUUCCUGAGACCCACACAACAGUGGAGCACUGCUGACACCUUCUGAUGGUGGACAGCCCUAUGCAGAACAGAAUGAGUCAUUUAUAGAUUUGACCUCCCCAGUUCGUCCCAAGAUAGUAGAUCUGUACCCAUGUUUAGAAUACAACAGCUGUGGGAUAAAUGUUUUUUUGUGUGUGUAGGGAGGGAGAAGGGUUAAUUGCGUAAUUUUAAAGAAAGAUACCCUUUUAUCUAGACCAGGGGUUGGCUUAUUUCUGCAAAGUGCCAGAGAGUAAAUUUUUUUUUUAAUUUUGACUUUGUGGGCCAUACCUUGUCACAGCUACUCAAGUCUGCCGUUGUAGCACAAAAGCAGCCAUCGACAAUAAACAAAUGAGCAUGGCUGUGUUCCAAUAAGUUUAUUUACAAAAACAGACAGUGAGCUGAAUUUGGCCCACAGAUCAUAAUUUGCCAACCUCAAUCUAGACAAUGUAAUAGAGAGAGGGUCAGCUCUGCUCCAAUUCCUGACAGGUGUUAAAAGAUCUAGGACCACUUCCCAGUGGAGGCACUGGGGUUGCUUGUUUAAAGGGUGCUCGAACAACCAACCAGCAAAGAGAUGGCUGAAGCCAGGAUGAGCAAGAUCAAAUACUGGAAUGCUAAAAAUGCACUGGAAUUUAAGAAUGAAAGAGGGCCUCUCUGAUCAUUUCCAUACCAGCAACAAUUUGGGCAGAGUUACAAACAUAUAUUUCCCAAGUGACAAGACAAACUUGAGGGAGAGCCUGGUAAAAAUUAGGAAUCACUUAAAACUAACUAGUCACUGCCACUUGUCAUCUACAUAGGAAAGGCUUUAUUCAGUACAAGACUAAAGUGAAAAGUGGACUCACAGAUGAAAAAGCUGUCAGGAGACAGGGGGCUGGUUUUGACCUGGAUAUCUAGUGUCUUAUGCAACAUAGCAGAUUACCUUUUAGUGUAGUGUUCCUACCUCAGUCUGUAGAAUAUGGUGUUUCUAUGCAGUGAGUAAUAGCCUCAACUCUGACCUUUCAUGUUCACACUAAAGAAAGAUGCAGUGUUCCAUUUCCUGAUAUGUUACUUGUGUCUAGAGUUCUUAUAACAGUAUGACAGUCCAUUCCACUUCCAACAGCUGAAUUUUGCUCUCUGAACAGAAACUUUGGGGUUAUGUGUUUUUUUUCCAGGGCUAAUCUCAGAAAAUAUGGAUAGAAGUUUCCUUCCGUUUGCUUUUCAAAUAGUGCUUGAAUAACAAACCUCCUUUUGUUGGAGACUAGUCUUUUCUGGAAUCUCCCACCAGUUAAAAUCAUUUGAGUUUUUAGCCUGGUUUUACUGUGUUCCACCGUGUCUCUUGUUUUCUCUCAAAAUUAGUUUGAUCUCCCUGUAGAAAAAGCAAUGGUUUCCGCAGCUUCAUCUAUCAAAGGAAAUAAACUCUUACUAAAGAAUAGUAUACUGCAUCUUUAAGCAGUAGAGGGUAAACUACCUACAAAUGUGAAUUUCUUAGUUUCAUUAAAAAAUAUAUAGUUGUUAACCUUUUGUGUGCCAAAAAUUCUAAGUUACAUUUUCCUUCAAAGCAAUGUACUUUUUUCUACAUAUGCAGUAUGUAGUUAGCAUAAAAUCAUUGGUGCCAUGAAGAUUAUUUUUAAACUUAAAUAAAUAUUUAAAUACCAUGG